AUGGGUGAAGUGAUGGUUAAGAAUCAAAGCAAUUUCAUUAAUCUCUUAUCGGCCAGGCAAAACGUGUUUCCGAUGGCGGCAAACGUGCAACGGUGGGGUGUCGUGGAUAGUAGUAGUGAAGAUGAACUUGGUGGUAUUGAUGAGGCUAUGUCUUCAGCAUCAUCUUUCGAGGAAAGGUCCUCAUCAAGCGGUUCACUUGGUUCAAAUUCCGACGCAGAGGAUUUACAAGACGACGCGUCUUCUUCUUUCGAAGCGGCGGCGACGUCGCCACGGUUAACCAGGGGACCGUUAUAUGAAUUGUCAGGGCUCAUGAAUGAACUACCUGUGAAGAGAGGCUUGUCUAAGCAUUUUCAAGGGAAGUCGCAGUCUUUUACCUCGUUGUCUAACGUGCAGACGUUGGAAGAUCUUGCGAAAAGAGAGAACCCGUAUAAGAAGAAGCAGAUGAUGAUGAAAUCAUGCAAGAGUUAUGCGUGUGGAUUGGAUAAUAGUAAAUCAUUUGCUACGAAUAAUAGUUCGAAGAUGAUAUCAAAGAAAGGUUCGAAUAAGAGUGUUGGGUCUUUUUCUUCGCUGUUGGGGAGUAAAAGAAAUGGGUUCAUGAGUUGUAGUAUUAGUCCUCCUAUUCUUGAGUAG